GUGUAUUUAUCACUCACGGAGAUGUAGGAGUAGGGACCAUUGUCGGAUCAGCAGUUUUCAACAUCCUUUGCAUUGUUGGUGUCUGUGGAAUAUUUGCAGGACAGGUGGUUUGUCUCACCCAGUGGGCUGUGUUCCGGGACUCUGUGUACUACACAAUAUCUGUGAUCAUACUUAUUGUUUUCAUAUAUGAUGAGAAAAUAGAAUGGUGGGAAAGCCUUGUACUCAUCAUUAUGUAUUCAUUCUACAUACUUAUCAUGAAGUACAAUGUGAAGAUGCAAAAUUUCUUCACCCUUAAAAGCAAGAAUGUUGGAAAUGGUGACACAGUCAACAAUGAGCUGGAAGAUGGUAAUAAAUGUUAUGCCUCUAGUUGUGAUGACCCAUCUAUUCCAUUACUAUGGAAAGUGAAGGGGAUGCAGCAGUAUGGCAAAAGCAGUGUUGUGAUGGUGGAUGAGAUCAUCUGCUCCAGUCCCCCCAAAUACCGGUUCCCUGAAGCUGGAUUACGGAUUAUGAUUACAAAUAAGUUUGGACCACGCACCAGAAUGCGGAUGGCAAGCCGACUCAUCAUUAAUGAGCGUCAGCGGUUAAUCCAAUCUGCCAAUGGCUCAAGCAAACCACUUCAGAAUGGGAGACAUGAGAAUAUUGAAAAUGGGAACAUCCCUGUCGUGAACCAAGAGGAUGAAAAUGAACAGGACAAUCUAUCUCCCUUUUCAUUACCAGAUGGAAAAAUGAACAAAAUUAAAUGGAUCUUGACAUGGCCAUUGAUAUUCGUACUCUUUUGCACCAUUCCAAACUGCAGCAAACCACGCUGGGAGAAGUGUUUUAUGGUAACGUUCAUCUUAUCCACUCUCUGGAUUGCCUUGUUCUCUUACUUCAUGGUGUGGAUGGUGACUGUGAUUGGAUACACCCUUGGGAUACCAGAUGUGAUCAUGGGCAUUACUUUCCUAGCUGCAGGAACAAGUGUCCCAGACUGCAUGGCCAGCUUAAUAGUAGCAAGACAAGGCCUCGGUGACAUGGCAGUAUCCAACACAAUAGGGAGCAAUGUCUUUGACAUUCUGGUGGGCCUUGGUGUUCCAUGGGGUUUGCAGACCAUGGCAAUUGAUUAUGGAUCAACUGUUAAGAUAAACAGCAAAGGACUGGUCUAUUCGGUUGCACUUUUGCUAGGAUCAGUGGCACUUACUGUGUUUGGAAUCCAUGUAAAUAAGUGGAAACUUGACAGGAAAUUAGGCAUCUACGUGUUGUUUCUUUAUGCUGUUUUCCUGUGUUUCUCUAUAUUGAUAGAAUUUAAUGUCUUCACCUUUGUCAACUUCCCUAUGUGCCGAGAAGAACUUUAAAGCACAACAAGGAGAGAAACUGAAAUUCUUCUGAUUACGUGUGCUGUAAAUGACAGGAGGCAUUUCACAUUUCUACCUUCUUUCCAUCAGUAAUUUGAGUGUCGUUCCUGCUUCAUCAGCUAACAAGCACUUUUACCUGUGUGGAAGGAAAGCAUACCUUUCUUUUAACAUGCUAGCUCGAGGCAACCAAAGCAUUUUCCUCCUCUUUGGAUAUUGCUGCUCA